AAGUCAUUACAUAUUUGUACCUAGAUGUAAUCAUGGUAGACGAAGCCACGAAACGAACUCUUGCACAAAUUCCGCUGUUAAAAACGAAAGCCGGACCAAGAGACGGAGAGUUAUGGGUAACAAGACUUAAAGAGGAAUACCAGAGUCUAAUUAAGUAUGUUCAGAACAAUAAAGAAUCUGACAAUGACUGGUUUCGCCUAGAAUCUAACACUGAGGGCACUCGCUGGUUCGGGAAGUGCUGGUAUGUCCACGAGCUUCUCAAAUAUGAAUUUGAUGUCGAGUUUGAUAUUCCUAUAACUUAUCCCACCACAGCUAUUGAAAUUGCUCUUCCAGAACUUGAUGGAAAAACAGCUAAAAUGUACAGAGGAGGAAAAAUUUGUCUUACUGACCACUUCAAGCCCCUGUGGGCAAGAAAUGUUCCUAAAUUUGGAAUAGCUCAUGCAAUGGCACUAGGGCUUGGUCCGUGGCUGGCGGUGGAAAUUCCCGAUUUGAUACAGAAGGGCAUUGUGACUCACAAAGACAAGCACUCUGAAGCAGACUCCUGAUUUAAUUUCCCUGGCAUUUUUUCAUCGUUUGUUUACUGGUACAGAAAUCGGUGAUAAGAUUUCAUGACCAGGCACUGUGCAAUGACAAGACUUGGGAAUUUUUUAGAAUUUGGGAAAGAGGGAGACUUGCAAAUCAGAUUUCUCAUAUAGAUUUUAUGAUAAGACAUUAAAUAUUGAUAUACAAAAUUUACAAGAGAUAUACAGCUUAUAAUUCUGUAAACUUUGAUGCAUUGAUUUAUAAAUUUUCUUGUGUACACCUUGUGACCUGUACAUUUACUAUGAAACUGUUACAGCAAUGUACCUGUACGUAGUUUUAUAUACAUGUACAUAGAAAACAUAUACUGUAUCAACAUUGUGAUAAAUAAAUUCAUGUACAUGUAGAUGCAGAUAAAUAAAUGGUAAAUAAAUUUA